AUGAAAAUCAACGAACCAAAUCCCAAGGCUUAUCCAUUAGCUCCAAAAGAGUUAGAAACUGAAUUAUAUAAUUUGAUUCAAGCUGCUAUUAAACAAGGACAGAUUAGAAGAGGUGCCAAUGAAGCGGCUAAAGCACUAAACAAAGGCAGAGCUGAAAUAAUCGUACUUGCUGCUGAUACUGAGCCAAUAGAAAUAGUUCUACAUCUUCCUUUACUCUGUGAAGAUAAAAAUAUUCCAUUUGUAUUUGUCAAUUCACGUUCUGCGUUAGGUCGCGCGUGUGGAGUAACUAGAUCAGUAAUUGCAUUAGCCAUAACAACAGACGACAGAAGUCCAUUGGAAAAACAGAUAUUAAAAAUUAGAGACGCGAUAGAACAAAUACCUAUAUAA